AUGCAUCUGUGGCAGGCCACCGUUCCAUUCUGCUUAUUGGCUGCAGCUGCCUUGCCCGGCGCUGCUGCCACAGCUUGGGGCUUUACUGAUGCCACCGUGGCCGUUCAAACCAAAGGUGCUGGUGUUAAUGGAGGGUUUAAAGAACAGUUUGCUGCAUCCAAGCCACUUUCGAAGCCCGUCUCUCUAGCCGGCGCCGACACCAUACGCGUCACCUUGACAACUCAGGAAGGAAGCUCCCCAAAGCGACCAGACCAGGCUUUCCUCCUGCUGAAGGAUGCUCAGACUGGAUUAGAUAUUUCCUACCCAUUUAAUGUCAAAGAGAAUGGCAAGUCAAGGGUCGAACUGACACAGAAAGACCUGCCGGUUCAAUUCCUUUCCCUGUCUACUCCAGUUGAUGCGCGCGUUGUCAUUGGUGGCUUUGGUAGCUCCAAAGCAUACGAUAGCACCGCCUUCAAGUUGUCUAUCGAUCGCAACCCCGGAGAGGCCGUACCAACCGUCGAGGCUGAGCGCUACGGCAAGAAGCCCGAGAUCCACCACAUCUUCAAGGAGUCUGCAUCUAGCCCGCCAAUUGUCAUCACCUUGGCCUUUGUUGCCAUGGUUGGCGCUGCUAUCCCCGCUCUUGCUGGCUUGUGGUUCUUCCUCGGCGCCAAUGUCAGUCACCUCCCUUCCGCAUUCAAGUCCGCACCUCUCCCACACGCCGUUUUCCUCGGAUCAUUGAUCGCAAUCGAAGGGAUCUUCUUCCUCUACUACACCUCUUGGAACUUGUUCCAGGUCCUCCCCGCGGUGACCGUCGUCGGUGCGGUCGCAUUCGUCAGUGGCAGCCGUGCGCUAGGUGAAGUGCAGGGCCGGCGCCUUGCUGGCCUCCGUUAA